AUGAGCAUUCGUGCAACUUGAACAGUACAGAACUGCCGAAACAAAGCUAAGCAUUACUUAGCAGAAACACAUCAAUAUAUAUGUGACGAUCAUACGCCUAAAGAGUUUAUUGAUAAUGGGAACAACCGCAUAACUGGGUCAAAAGAAGCUCAAUUUAAGUGUCAAGAAGCAAUAAAUUUUCUGUUGAAUGUCAAGAGAUGUUGAAAGGACGAACUAGCAGGUUUUGAAGAGGAAUUAGAAACUGGUUUAAACUCUUUAAAAUUUUUCUAUUUAAGCAUCUAUACGGCGAUAAGAAGCAGCCAGCAUUUUAGCUACCAGCCAAUCUGGGACAAAGCAAAUCAAGUUUUAGAGAAAUUUAAAGUCUUUUGCAAUCUAGAUUUAACAGAAAAUUUUAUGCAAACUGAUGAUUGAGCAAACUCAGAUUAUUUUGAGUUUAUGUCAAACGUCAAAAGCAUUUAUAAUUAUGAACUAAUUAGAGAUUGGCAGGGUUUAGAUCUUCCCGGCUUAUCUUCUAAAAAGCCAGCUGCUCUUCGAGGUCCCAAAAAUUAUAUUAGAGUUUCAGAACACAUAAUAAAGAAUGGAAAUUCAGAGUGUGAGGACAAGAGUUUGCAUGAAGAAAGUAAAACUUUAGAAGCCCAGAAUUGCCAGUUUUCUACGACAAGUCUAUCUUCAAUAGCUUCCGAAGGCUCUGAACCCGGGCUUAGUGAAGAUGGUGAUAUCAGCUAUCUUAUAAACAAUCAUCCAAGAGGUGCUCGACACAUGGAAGAAGAUAAAUCUAGUGAUUGCAUCUAUAUGAGAGUGAACUAAACAAGGCCAGAAAAUCCCAGAAUCCCUGGUGAAGAGCCCUAAACAAAGAAAGCCGGGAAGACAGAGUCGAGUCAAGAACUUAUUGACAAAUUAUUCUGACAAAAAGAGAGAUUUAAAAUCAGAUAAGAAGGAUUCCAAAGUCGGAUCAGACUUCAAUCUAUCUAUGCUAAUUUAUGAGGAUUAUUUUUACUCUCAAGAAGACUCUAGGGAUCAAAGCAGCCUUACAAGCUCAAUAUGCCCUGAUAGUUUUUCUGUUAUCCAACUUAAUGAACAAAAUUUAUCAAGCAAAGAAACUCACGAGGAAACUCUCAGUCCAAAUUCCAGAACCUCCUCAAAUCAAGGCAAUUCUGGUUUCACUGACUUAAACUCACCAUCUACGCUGGUGAGAGUAAACUCAGGCGAAAUGAUACUCUCAUCGAUAUUUGGCAGAGAUCAUUCCAACGAGCAUAACUCCACUCAAAGUCCGGUUCUUUUACAUCACCCGAAUAAUACCAACCUCAAUCUUAACCAAAGUGAGGAAUGUAAAAUACACUGUUAUCUUAAUAUAUCCCAACAAUAAGUCCAGCCAUUAAGCCUAUUCCACAUAGAGGCCUCUUCGCCCCUCUAGUCAACCCCAAAAUGGACUAUCAGACCCAAAAGGGUGCUUUA